AUGCUUGCUACCCGAACAAAACUACAGCGCGGCUUUUUGAUCACAUUGGCUCUUCUUGUUUGCAUACUUGUUCUACAGCGAAUAUCCUCACCAGCAGCAUCCAAUCACGCUGUCGAAGAAUCCCAACAGAAAUUACUCUUUGGGGUUCCGGAGUCUUAUCAGUCGGAGACUGUCCACCGGAAUCCAAUCCGGUCCUCUGACACCCUCGGGGAGGCGCUUCCACCUGUUGCCAGGGAGGUAGAGCCACCAGGGUACUUCCAGUUUGAUGGCUCGCUGAAGCACGACAAGGGAACGACCCUGAACCUGGAGAGUCCGAGCAGUCGUCCAGCAGUGACAAGCCCUAAGAAGGUCAAGCAAGCGCCGAAGAGGAGGAACAACGAGCCAGUAGGAGUUCAUGAAGUGGACACACCGGAGGGAAAGGUGAUAUAUUAUCCGUAUAUCCCCAAGGAUCUCGGGCCCUACAUGAAAGCAGAGGGUGAAGUUUCAAACAAGGGAACUCAACCUCAGCUGGCAUUUGGCAACGAUCAGAUUGCAGCUGUCCUCCAGCAGCCCAGCGGGGAAUGGAUCGCUCCAAGCGGAAACUACAAGCAACUAUCUCAGGCUCUUCAAUCUGCAACAAACUCACAAGACCUCCAGCGCCUCGAGUCUGAUUUCGAAUCAUUGAAAGAAGAGCAGAAGAAGCGGAUUCAACGGAUGAAAGACAAAUUGUGGGAUGAACACGAAAAAUUCAGGCGGCUCAAUGGGCAGGUCGAGGACAUGAGGGUACAGCUGAGGGAGUUAGGCUACAAGUGGCGGAAUGGGCCAUGGCCUGAUCGGGGACCUCCGGGGCCUCCGGGGCCUCCAGGCCACAAGGGGAAAGUGAUUACAGUGAGAGAGGUUGUGCACAAAGGGGACAACCCCAAGAUGUUGCAAACUCUUGUCAAGAAAGACGUCGAUGCGUUUCUGGAGAGUCACGUGGCGAAGGAGCUGAAGCAAGAGGGGCAGAAGCUGAAGCUGAUGGAGCAGGCGAACAAGCGGCUGUUGCAGAAGAUGAAGGAAGCGUCGAAGGGGCGGUGGACUUUCUCGAAGGAAGAUAAGAAUCUUGUGCUCCACCCUAUCAGGACCGUCAAGGAGCAGAUUGAGAAAUACAUGAAGAGCUCCAGAAAACUACGCAAACUGCCAGCGGGAUGGAAGCGAGAAGAAGACAGGAACGGGAGGAUAUACUACAUCAACCACAAACUUCACAAGUCAUCAUGGACGUUCCCAUCGUCGGAUAUUGUUCAUAAGCACAGCAAGUGA